CGGUUACUGACCUCUCUGUCUGUCUGCAGACACUUUCGAUGCUGAAGGAGCUCGAGUAGUUGAAGGUGAAUCUCUACCAGGUGUAAUAAUGCAGGAAUACACAAAGGCAGCGAAGGAGUUUGUGGAAGGACACCCUACAGGUGUCACAGCUGUCCUGGUUACGGGUGUCGGUCUCUUUGCCCUGCGGAGAUGGCUGGGUGGUGGAGUCUGCCUCAGCAGAGCGCCCUUGGACGGCAAAACUGUUCUGAUUACGGGAGCCAACACUGGGAUCGGGAAAGAGACUGCGGUGGACAUGGCCAAGAGAGGUGCAAGGGUGAUUCUGGCUUGCAGAGACAUGGGCAGAGCCAGCAAAGCAGCAGAUGAGAUCAGGAAGAGGAGCGGAAAUGGCAACGUGGUUGUGAAGAUGCUGGAUCUGGCCUCCUUGCAGUCUGUCCGAGCUCUGGCCAAAGAUGUACAGCAGAAUGAGGAGAGAUUGGAUAUUCUCAUUAAUAACGCUGGGAUAAUGAUGUGCCCACAGUGGCAGACAGAAGAUGGCUUUGAGAUGCAGUUUGGGGUGAACCACCUGGGCCAUUUCCUGCUUACCAACUUACUUCUGGACUUGUUGAAGAAAUCAACACCCAGCCGUGUUGUCAAUGUUUCUAGCUUGGCCCAUGAGAAAGGCAAGAUUUAUUUUGAUGAUAUAAACCUGGAGAAAGACUAUAAUCCAUCCAUAAGCUAUCAACAGAGCAAGCUGGCCAAUGUUCUGUUUACCCGUGAACUAGCUGUCAGGUUGAAAGGCACAGGAGUGACAACUUACUCUCUACAUCCUGGGGUGAUCCGUACUGAACUCGGCCGACACUUUUUACCCGCUCUGCCUCUGUGGAAGAGGCUUAUGUUUUUGCCCUUUGUUUUCUUUGUCAAAACACCUUGGCAGGGUUCACAGACCACCAUCUAUUGUGCGGUGGAUGAGAGUCUGCAGAAUACCAGUGGCCUUUACUACAGUGAUUGUGCACCCAAAGAGGCGUCUCCUCAGGGUAGGGAUGAUGCUGCAGCCCGCAGACUGUGGGAUCUCAGUGCUUCCAUGGUCGGCCUGGCUUGAGACAACACCUUGCCCAAUGAAAAUCACUCUCUUCAUUUAAAAAAAACAGUGUGUCGCCUUUUCCUACCUAAAUUUUACAUUCCAAAUUUUCAGUCUAUUUAAUCUGCUUACUUUAUAUAAAGAACGGAGAGCCUGUUUGACUAAGAAUGUAGGAAAGUUGUCAUGUUGGUGAUGCCUAUGCAAUAAGAUAAACUGCAAUAUUAAAUGUAAAUUUAAGCAUGAAAAAAUGUGUGAGAUCUACCUUUCAUAUUCAAAUUUCAUUGCCAUGCUUGUGUCAUUUGAUACCAUGUAUCACAAUAAAAUUGUAUGCAUAACAUGAAUGUAGGUUAACAUUUUCACAAAGCCUAUUCUUGAAUGAUGAAAUAAAGACAUUAAAUAAAU